AUGCAAUUUUGGGAAAUGUCAUUUUAUUCUGAUGUUCAGUUACAAAUACAAAAUCUAUAUUUAUCACAUGAAGAUUCUACACAACAUAAUACAGAAGUUUCACCAAUUACAGAUUCAUUAUCCGUAUCAUCAACAGAUACAGUUACACAUCAAUUAUCUGUAACAAAUGAAUUAUCUACUGAAAAUUCUUCUCAUCAUAAUGGAACAACAACAACACAUGAAAAACUAGCACUUGAAAUAGCUGCAGAACAAAUGCGUUUAUAUUCACAAAACACAUUGGAAGAACAACGUUCACUUGAAGAAGUUGAAGAACAAACAAUAUAUGCAUUUGCUAUUCAUCAUAUACAAUUAAUGGUUUAUAUGAAAUUACCAUUAGAUAUAUCAUCAUCAUUAAAUAUUCGACAAUCAAUGUAUAAUCAUGUAACACAUACAAUAACUGGUAAUUCUGAUAGUUUAACAAGUGAUUUUUAUCAUAGUGUAUAUGCUGAUGAAGCAUCAACAGUUGGUUCACAUGAUAGUGGAAAUGAAUUUGAUUUAGAUAAUAAUGACGAUCAAGUAACUGAUCUUGUACUUAAAACUGUUCAAAUUCAAAUUGAAGUUCUUGAAAAAGUUUAUCGUGAAACACGACAAGUUGCACCAAUACCUAAACCAUUAUUACCACGUUUUGUUACAAUACCAGAAUUAUUUGAACAUGAAGAAUCAAUUGCUCUACCUGAAGGUGCUUUAAUUAUGACUAAUUAUCGUCUUAUAUUUAAUGGUCGUCCUGUUAAUCCAGCAGAUGCUGAUGAAACAUCAACUGUUGGUUCACAUGAUAGUGGAAAUGGAUUUGAUUUAAAUAAUGAUGAUCAAGUAACUGAUCUUGUACUUAGUUUUGUUAGAAAAUUUGUUGAUAAAAUUUGUGAUGAAAGUGGAGUUAAUACAACACAUAAAAAUAGUCUUCAUACAAAACUUUAUCAAACUGUUCAAGUUCAAAUUGAAGUUCUUGAAAAAGUUUAUCGUGAAACACGACGAGUUGCACCUAUGCCUAAACCAUUAUUACCACGUUUUGUUACUAUACCAGAAUUAUUUGAACAUGAAGAAUCAAUUGCACUUCGUUCAUAUUUAUUACAUGAUGGAAGAGAUGAAUUUUUUAUUGGACAAAAUUCUUUAUUACCAGCUGAAGGUGCUUUAAUUAUGACAAAUUAUAGAUUGAUUUUUAAAGGUCGUCCUAUUAAUCCAGCAAUUGCAAAUGACUAUGUCGUUGUACGUUCAUUUCCAAUUUCAUCAUUAAUUCGUGAAAAGAAACUUUCUGGUCAAUUUCGUGUUGAUAAUUCAAAUAUAUGUCUUCAUAAUGGUAUUCAAUUACGAUCAGCAACAUUUCAAUUAAUUAAAGUCUUUUUUGAUGAUGAAGUUCUUGUUGAUGAUAUCGAAAAAUUUCGUACAAAACUCGUUGAAAAACGUUAUCCUGAAUCUGUUUUUCAAACAUUUUGUUUUUCAAUUUAUAGUGAUUAUAAUCCUGUUAUAAGCAAACAAAAAGAUGGAACACUCAAAAAAUAUGGUCGUUAUGCUCGAAAUGUCUUACGUAAAAAAGGACUUAUACCACCAAAAGAUUUAACAACACAUCAAAAUGUAUCAUUAAAAUCUAAUGGAACAGGUAGUACAGGUGGUUUAAAAACUUUAAAUGGUUCAAUGAGACAUCAGCAAAAUAUUUUAAUUCGUACACCUGAACCAGUUCGACGUAGUUUAACAUUAACAAAUACACGUUCACCAAAAUCUAUAUCUUCACAUAAUAAUGAACGUUCAUUAACUGGAAUUUCAACAAUAACAACACCAUCAACAAUACAUGAAUGUGAUGAAGGAAUAAGUGGAAAUAAUAGUGAUGAUGAAGAUGAAGAUAGAUCAUCAAAUACAAUUGAUGAAUCAAAUAAUUAUGCAACAAUAUCAAAUGAAACAAAAAGUCUUGAACGUUUUACAGAUAGUUUUGUAUAUAAAGAUUUUGUUCGACAAGGUCUUAUUGUAACAACAUUUCCAUCAUCACGUUCAACAAUACGUACAACAACAGUUACAUCACUUACAUCAACUAUAUCAUUAACUGUAUCAUCAAAUAUAAAUGAAAAUAAUUUAAAUAGUAAUGGACAACAAUUAAUUAAUUCAACUAAUAUAAAUAAUAAUAAUGGAAUAAAUACAACAAUGGGAAUAGGAAUGAAUACAACAUCAACAGCUAAUACAUUAAUGGUUACUAGUGAUGAUUCUUUUCGUAUUUCACAUAUAAAUCGAAAUUUUAGUUUCUGUAGAAGCUAUCCAUUGGUACUUGUAUUACCUAAAGAUAUUCUUGAUGAAAGUUUAAAAAAAGUUGCACGAUGUCAUAAACUUCAACGUGUUCCUGUUAUUGUUUGGCGUAAUCCACGUACAAAAUCUCUUUUAUUACGUGGUUCAGCAUUUUGUAAUAAAGGCUUUAUUAAUCUACUUGUUAAAGGUCCACAGACAAAUUCAAGUUCAUCAAGUGAUACAAAUGCAAGUAUAGAACAAGAACGUUAUUUUGAUGCUAUUGUUAAAUUAACACCAACAAAAAUGCCAUUUUCAUCUGAUCUUGGUGAUGGUGAUGAACCUGAAUCAACUGAUAUAACACCAUUAUCUGUUCGAAAAACUACACAUCAUUCAGCAACAAAUCGUUUACAAAAUCUUCUACCAACACGUGUUUUAUAUGAUCGUCCACGAACAACUAGUAUUAAUAUUCAUUCAACUGCUGAUACAUUACCAAGAAGUGAAACAGCAAGUUAUACAUCAAUGAAUUCACCAACACCAUCAUCAAUAGCAACAAGUGGAGGUGGUGGUGGUGGUGGUGGCGGUAGUGGAUCAACAAAUUUUGAUAUUGAUUUUAAUGAAUCGAUUUUACAAGUUCAUAAACGUUCACCACUUUAUAUUAUUGGUGAUCGUGCUCAACAUCGCACUGGUCGUCUUGAACAAUUUCAAAAUUAUUGUUUUCUUCCACUUGAAUUUCAUGAUGUUAGUCAAAUAAAAGCAAGUUUUAAAAAAAUGACACGUGCUUGUGUUCCAAGUAUGUCAGCACAAAUUUCGAAUAGUCAUGCACAUAGUAAUGGAAAUGAUAUAUCAGUUAUAUUACCUAAUUCAAUGUCAUUUUAUAAACUUAUUGAAGAAUCACGAUGGCUUUAUCAAUUACAAAAAAUUUUAAUGGUUUGUGUAUAUAUUGUUCAAUUUAUUGAAGAUCAUGCAUCAUCAGUAAUGAUUUGUGUUGAAGAUGGUUGGGAUACAGCUGCACAACUUGUUUCAAUAAGUGAAUUAUUACUUGAUUCAUAUUAUCGAACAUUUGAAGGUUUUCAAACAUUAAUUGAACGUGAAUGGUUUGCAUUUGGACAUCGUUUUUCACAUCGAUCAAAUCAAACAGCAGCAAAUAAAACUGGUUUUGCACCAGUUUUUCUUCAAUUUCUUGAUCUUGUUCAUCAAAUUUGGAAUCAAUAUCCAAGUGAAUUUGAAUUUAAUCAAUAUUAUCUUCGUUUUCUUGCUUAUCAUCAUUUAUCAAAUCGUUUUAAAAAUUUUAUGCUUGAUUGUGAUUGUGAACGUAAAAAAGAUCGUAAUUGGUAUGUUGAUACAACACGUGAUUCAUUAACUGAUGAUACGACUGGUUUAUAUCGUUGUAAUACAAUAAAUAUUUGGGAUUAUAUAACAAAAGUUAAUCGAGAAUCAGCAAGAUUUUAUAAUUUUCUUUAUUCACCAUCAAAUGAUUGUUGUGUUCUUCGUCCAUCAUAUAAAAUGUAUUCACUUGAUAUAUGGGAUUUUUAUUUAAGUGAAACAUUAGAAACAGGUUGUCCAUAUGAUCUUGAUAUAGCUCUAGCUGAACAUGAUGAACAUUUAAAUGAUGCUGAAUUAAAACAACGUACGAAAUGUAUAUCAGCUGUUUAUGAUGAUAUUAGUAUUUGUUUACCAGAUUUUUUUAAUGAUAUUGUUUCUGAAAUGUCUAAUACAUUGCAAUAUACAAAUACUGAAUCAUGGAAAGUUUAUUGGGAUAAAAUUGAAAAGCCUGAACGAGAAAAAGUACAGCGUCUAUCAAUGCAAGAUGAAGCACAUAAACGAAUGAAUUCUCAUCAAAAUUAUCUUCAACCUCAACGAUCAUUAUCAUCAUCAAUUUCAUCAUCACGUACAUCAUCAAUAUAUGGUUCUCAUGCAUAUGAAUUCAAACAAUUUACAACACCACAAAUUUGUGAUGCUUGUGAUGAAUUAAUUGAUUCUAAAAAAUCACCAAAUGAAGGAAUACGAGCACUUCAAUGUCGUGAUUGUUCAAAUGUUUGUCAUGAAAAAUGUCGACCAAUAGCAUCAUGUAAACCAUGUCGACGAAUUGGUGUUAGUGGAUCAGCAGAUUCUCAAAUUGUUGUUAAUUCAACUCGGUUUGAAACAGGCAGUGUUACAGGUGUUUAUGAUCAUCAUGGAUUAUCACAUCCAUUUUCAUCAUCAAGUGUAACUGCUAAUAAUUCAGGUCCACAACAUCGAACACAUGAAGGUUAUUUAAGAAAACGAGGUCAUUUAUUAAAACAAUGGAAAGAACGAUGGUUUGUACUUGAUUCUGUACGACAUGAGCUUCGAUAUUAUGAUAGUAGUGAUGAUCAAACAGCAAAAGGUGUUAUUCUUUUGGCUGAUGCUGUAGAAAUUCUUCCUUAUACUGGUCCAUUUCCAAAUGCAUUAAGACGAUUUGAUAGUCGAGCUGCUUUUGAAUUACAUACAAAUCGUCGUAUUUAUAAUUUUAUAGCUGCAACACCUCAAGAUGCUCAAACAUGGACAGAAAAAAUCAAAUCCUGUCUUCUAGAUUCUUAA